AUGGAAUACCUGGAGGGGCAGAGCCGCCGGAACAAUCUGGUGUUUGAGGGGGUGUUGGAGUCUCAGGGGGAGUCCUGGGCCGACGCGGAGGCGAAAGUCAAAAAGAUCCUGACUGAGAAGCUCCAGCUGCCGCCGACCGUGGAGCUGGAGCGGAAAUCAUGGAGGAGCACACUGAAGCGCACGCUUACAAACCACUGCUUAGUCAAGAGUCCCUAA